ACUAGAAUGUUUUGUUGCUAUUCACAUGGUCUUGCAGAAUGUGGGCUGUGAGUAUCGCCUAAAUUUAUCAGUUUGCCUGAACUUCUGCUGAUUCUGUAUUUAUGGCACCAGAUGAAUAAAGUCUGUGUUAACAGGAUUGUAUACAGUGUAACAAAACUUUCCUGUUCUAAGUAUAGACAGGAACUUCCCUUUGAAAAGAUCCAGAGUGAACUGAAAGCUGGUCAGUAUGGUUCAACGAUCCUAGGAACUGAAGCUGUGGCAUUCAAUGCAGGAAAUAGACUGCCAAGACAAAGAAGAGAUGCAGAAUCUGUGUGCUACAAAUGGGAGAACAGAGCAGUGUUGUGGGGAGCACAGACGGAGACUGGAGUUGUUCUGCCAGGAGGAUGAGGCCUUUAUCUGUGUCCUGUGUGUUCCCAGGCAUUCAUGUCACAGUUUUGUGUUCCUGCAUGAUGCAGUCAGUGUGUAUAAGGACAAGCUGAAAACAUCAUUGUCAUCCCUGGAACUAAAAGUCAGAGAUCUUAAAGAUUUACAAACCAAGAAUGAGACAGAAUUCCUGGAGAUACAAGAACAUGCUGUUAAUUUGGAAAAAUACAUUGCAGAAGAGUUUGUAAAACUGCACCAGUUUCUCCAUGACAAGGAACAAAAACUCAUUCAACAACUUAACAGCAAAGCAUCAGACAUUCUGAAAGAGAUGGAAGAAAAUCUUGAAUGCAUUAAGACUGGUGUUACAGAAAUCCACUCAGCAGUGCCUGAUACUAACUUGGAAAUCAAAAAAGAAGUAGACAUUCUGGAAGAGAGAGAUGAUGACAUAGACUAUCUGGCAACCACUGAGGAAUCAGGGUCAGGUGACACCUCAGAACAUGGAAAACACAAAGCUAAUGGAGUUCUAUCAGAACAUGCUGUUAAUUUGGAAAAAUACAUUGCAGAAGAGUUUGUAAAACUGCACCAGUUUCUCCAUGACAAGGAACAAAAACUCAUUCAACAACUUAACAGCAAAGCAUCAGAAAUUCUGAAAGAGAUAAAAGAAAAUCUUGAAUGCAUUAAAACUGGUGUUACAGAAAUCCACUCAGCAGUGCCUGAUACUAACUUGGAAAUCAAAAAAGAAGUAGACAUUCUGGAAGAGAGAGAUGAUGACACAGACUAUCUGACAACCACUGAGGAAUCAGUGUCAGGUGACACCUCAGAACAUGGAAAACACAAAGCUAAUGGAGUUCUAUCAGAACAUGCUGUUAAUUUGGAAAAAUACAUUGCAGAAGAGUUUGCAAAACUGCACCAAUUUCUCCAUGACAAGGAACAAAAACUCAUUCAACAACUUAACAGCAAAGCAUCAGAAAUUCUGAAAGAGAUGGAAGAAAAUCUUGAGUGCAUUAAAACUGGUGUUACAGAAAUCCACUCAGCAGUGCCUGAUACUAACUUGGAAAUAAAAAAAGAAGUAGACAUUCUGGAAGAGAGAAAUGACACAGACUAUCUGACAACCACUGAGGAAUCAGUGUCAGGUGAUACAUCAGAACAUGGAAAACACAACACUAAUGGAGUUCUAUCAGCUCCAGAAUCCUUUGAGGAUGUUGCUGUUACUUUCUCAGCAGAGGAGAUGAAGAUGUUAACAAAACAAGACAAGGAGCUUCAUAAGGAAGUGAUGUUAGAGAACUAUGAAACCUUAGUUUCAGCAGGUUACAAGAUCCCCCCAGAGGUAUUGUUAAUGCUACUUAAAGAAGAUAACACUGAACUGCCAGUGAAUGACAAGGAGGGGAUAAACAGAACAGAACACAAGAAUAAUUUUAAAGAAAAGCCAGACAGUAAGUGAACAGCUUAUUAAUGAUGC